CGGCAUGUCCGUGGGGGCCUGACGGGGCUUUGUGCGACUACCGGUAGUUGAGCGUACAAGCAAGUGUCCAAGAUGCCGCCCAAAGGAAAAAGUGGUUCCGGAAAAGGGAGCAAAGGAGGAGCAGCUUCGGGGAGUGACAAUGCAGACAAGAAGGCUCAAGGUCCCAAAGGUGGUGGCAAUGCGGUGAAGGUCAGACACAUUCUGUGUGAAAAGCAUGGCAAGAUUAUGGAAGCCAUGGAAAAGCUGAAGUCUGGAAUGAAAUUCAGUGAAGUGGCUGCACAAUAUAGCGAAGAUAAAGCCAGGCAAGGGGGUGACUUGGGUUGGAUGACCAGAGGGUCCAUGGUGGGACCAUUUCAAGAAGCAGCAUUUGCCUUGCCUGUAAGUGGAAUGGAUAAACCUGUGUUCACAGACCCACCAGUGAAGACAAAAUUUGGCUAUCAUAUUAUUAUGGUUGAAGGGAGAAAAUAAAAUCACAUAAAUAAAUUUGAGAUGUUUUGUUUCUUUGA